AUGUUAAUCUGUUUCAUGACCUCAGACUGAUCUCAUAUCCUCUGGUGUGUUUGGGUGUAGUCAGAGACCUGUGGAAGGUGUGGCUUAGUGCACGGACGACGGCGCUUAGCAAAAGUAAAGAACUCAAACCCAUCCACAAGAACAGCAGGAAUGUCUUCUGUAUGGGAUGAUUUGGAUCUUCUUCUGGAGUCCCCCUCCUCUCUGACUGUAAAUUCAACAGCACGUGGCACCAUUAAGGAGAAGCCGGGCUUUAAUGCAGGCGAGGAUGCUGCUGCUUUAAGGAAAGCUAUUGAAGGCAUUGGCACUACUGAAAAGACUCUUAUUGACAUUCUGACUCAAAGAAGCAAUGCCCAGCGUCAGCUGAUCUGUAAAGCUUAUCAGGACGCCACUGGGAGGACUCUUUGCGAUGCCUUGGAAGGUGAUACACAUGGACAUUUUGAAGAUAUUUUGGUGGCCCUCAUCACUCCUCCUGCUAAGUUUGACUGCCAAGAGUUUAUACAGGCUAUAAAAGGUGCCGGUACAACCGAAAGCAUUUUGAUAGAACUGUUUGCAUCACGCUCCAACCAUCAAAUCAAGGCUAUGUGUGAUGCAUAUUUGGCUGAAACCGGAAGAGCUCUAAUUCACGACCUGAAAUCUGAAGUGUCAGGGGACUUUGAAAAGACCUUGUUGAUCCUCGCUGAGGGCAAAAGGGAUGAAAGUACAAAUGUCGACGUGGCAAAAGCUAAAGAGGAUGCCAAGAUCAUGUACGAGGCAGGAGAGAAAAAUUGGGGAACAGAAGAGAGCAAGUUUAUUGACAUCCUCUGCCACAGGAGCGUUCCUCAGCUCAGACAAACUCUGGUUGAGUAUAAGAGUCUGAGCGGAAAGACUCUUCAGGAAAGCAUUGAACGAGAGAUGUCUGGAAGACUGGAGGAGAUUCUGGUGGCUAUAGUGAAAUGUGUGAAGAGCGUCCCAGCAUACCUUGCAGAGCGUCUGUAUAAAAGCAUGAAGGGUGCCAGUACCACUGAAUCUACUUUAACUAGAAUCAUAGUGAGCCGUUCAGAGGUUGAUCUGCAGGACAUCAAGGCAGAAUAUAAGAAGCUCUUUGGCACUUCUUUAUACUCUAACAUUGAGUCUGAUACAUCAGGGGAUUUUCGUCAAACCCUGCUGAAGAUCUGUGGUGAAGAUGGGAAAUGAAUGUAUCCACUGCCAAAAGAAGAAUUCAUCACCUCUGAUGUGCUAUAAUCUGAAAGAAUGUCCAGAUAUCAGUUUAUUAUAAUUACAAUACUAUUAAUAAAUCAGAAGAGCUUUAUGAAAUGUAUUCUUGAACUAGCUUGAUUUUUUUUAAAAUCAUAGAUAACUUGGUUUUACAAUAACCCUAAUAUAACACAAAAUAUUUUUAGAAUCAGAAACUACACUUUAAUUUGUCACAUUUUUCAUUACACAUUAUGUCUAGAUGGAGAAUGAAUAGCUGACAUUUUUUCCAUGCCAUUUUGCGUUUUGAGAUAGUCUUCAAUGUGUAGUUUUGUCCCUGAUCAAGCAGGUGGCAGUAAAGUACAUGCAUUUAAUAGCAAAUUGGUCAAACAUUAAAAUCUCUUGGGAUUUCAGUGGAACAAGCAUUUAUGUGAAUGCUCAUUUUGCCUUGUCACUCGCUCAUAAGUAUGUAAAACCAGAAUUAGGAUGACGUUUGGUUAUAAUUCUACUGCAGAAAUUAGACUUUCAUCCUCAUUUAGAGAUUAUUAAUAUCUAUUCCUCCAAAAACAAUGCAGAUUGCGGUGAGGAAGUGAUGUUUGCAGAUGCUGCUAAAGCCCACAAAAGGUUCUUAGCCCCUUUCACCAAUAAAGACCACUGAUAAGA